AUGGCCGCGUCCGCCGUGUCCGUCUGCUCCAGCGACCUGAGCUACGGCAGCCGGGUCUGCCUGCCCGGUUCCUGCGAUUCCUGCCCCGACUCCUGGCAGGGGGACGACUGCCCAGAGAGCUGCUGCGAGCCCCCCUGCUGCGCCCCCAGCUGCUGCGCCCAGGCCCCCUGCCUGACCCUGGUCUGCAGCCCAGUGAGCUGUGUGUCCAGCCCCUGCCAGUCAGUCUCCACCAGCACCUGCACGCCCUCGUGCUGCCAGCAGUCUAGCUGCCAGCCGGCUUGCUGCACCCCCUGCCCCUGCCAGCAGGCCUGCUGUGUGCCCGUGUGCUGCAAGCCCGUGUGCUGUGUGCCCGUGUGCUCUGAGGCCUCCUCUUCAUGCUGCCAGCAGUCUAGCUGCCAGCCGGCUUGCUGCACCCCCUCCCCCUGCCAGGCCUGCUGUGUGCCUGUGUGCUGCAAGCCCGUGUGCUGUGUGCCUGUAUGCUCUGAGGCCUCCUCUUCAUGCUGCCAGCAGUCUAGCUGCCAGCCGGCUUGCUGCACCCCCUCCCCCUGCCAGCAGGCCUGCUGUGUGUCCGUGUGCUACAAGCCUGUGUGUUGCAAGCCUGUGUGCUGCAAGCCCAUCUGCUGUGAGCCUGUCUGCUCUGGGGCCUCCUCUUCAAGCUGCCAGCAGUCUAGCUGCCAGCCUGCUUGCUGCACCUCCUCCCCCUGCCAGCCGUCCUGCUGCAGACCUUCCUCCUGCGUGUCCCUCCUCUGCCGCCCCAUGUGCAGACCUGCCUGCUGUGCCCCCGCCUCGUCCUGCCAGCCCAGCUGCUGCCGCCCGGCCUCCUGUGUAUCCCUCCUCUGCCGCCCUGCCUGCCCCCGCCCGGCCUCCUGCGUGUCCCUCCUCUGCCGCCCCGCCUGCCCCCGCCCGGCCUGCAGUUGCAUCUCCUUGGGCCAGAGGUCCAGCUGCUGA